UUCUUAAAUCAGAAACCAUUUCUGAAUCAAUUUAGCGGGCUCCUUGCAACCCUGUAGAAGAGAGAAUAAUUUACUGUCUUUGGAUUGCUCCAAAAAAGUCCACUAUAUAUUUCGCGGAUCCAUUUUAAAAAUUGGUGUUUUCCCGCCCUUCUUACCCGCCAUCUAUCUUUCUGUUUUAUCUCAUAGAAAUACGAAGGAAUCGAUAAAUUUAGAGAGGCCACAUAUCUGAAAGAAGAGGAACGUUCAUUUCUCAAACAUUCACUGCAGAGAAAAUGGACAUGGAUGGGCUGGGAAGAAAAUUGGGGCUUGCAGAGGACAAUAGGGUUAUCAGAAAAGCUGAGGAGCUAAGGCGUCUCAGCAAUGUACAUUUUGAUUCAUCCACUUUUGGUGUGGGCGAGGUUUGCAAAUCAGUUCUCUGCUUUGAACUUGCUACUACCAAAUUACAAGUUCCUUUUGAUAGGCAGAAAGCCAUUAGGCUCAGUGGCAUGUCGGAGAAGGCCUAUACCAGAUCCUUGAAUGCAAUGCAAAAUGCACUUGGAGUCAGGCCAAAGUUGGACAUCCGAGAACUUGGAAUCCAGUUUGGAUGUCUUAGAUUGAUUGGUUCUGCUCAAAGAGCCUUGUCUUUAUACAAAGAAAGAUUUGUAGCUGCUCUACCAGAGUCCCGGCGAUCAAGUGCUGAUUUUGGUCGUCCAGUGUUCACUGCAGUAGCAUUUUACUUAUGCGCACGAAGGAAUAAGUUAAAAGUGGACAGGACAAAACUGAUCGAGAUAUGUGGUACAUCGGACUCCGAGUUUUCGAAUGUUGCAACAUCUAUGAAUGAUCUCUGCUUUGAUGUUGUUGGAAUUGCCAAAGAAAAGAAGGAUCCGAGAUCUGUGAAAAACAAUAGAGAGCUUUUGGAUGCAUUACCUAGCAAAAGAAUACGUGAAGAUGAGGCAGAAUCUGAUGAUAGUGGCGAAUCAAUUGAUGAUGGAGAUGAACUAGAGGUGCCUGGCUUGAAAAGAAGGAAGAAAAUACCAAAGCAUGUCUAUGAAGAAUGGAAAGAUUCAGUCUUGACAUCAAAUAAAGUUUUUAAUGACACAGGACUUGAAAAGAAGACAAAGCAAUUGCCUCUCAGUUUUGUAAAGAAGCCUGCACAAACUGUACGUCUUCAAGGCUCAUAGCAUAUCUCAGAAUCACAAUCUAUAUCCUCACAAUGUCGAUCCUCAUUGAUUGGUUUAUCAAGUCAUGUAAAAUGCCCACACUAAUUGAUGCCUAUCCUUAUAGAAGUUAUAUUAUCCAGUAGAAAUACAUGAUUAAAUUCAUCUUUAGAAUAAGUGAUUGCAUUCUUUUAGAAAGAAACUUACCCUCCUGUCAUCUAUUUGACUUGGGUAACUUUUUUUGUUCCAAAUGCCCUUAUUAUUCAGAUAUAGGAACUGUUUCAAUUGUUGGUACUUGGAGAGAAAUUCAUUCUCCUACAAUUACAUCAGUCA